AGAAAGGAGGCGGCAUCAACAAUCGAUAAACAAGCAGCAAUGUCAGCUUUAACUAGUUCCUUUUUUUUUGGUGAAAUCAAGCAAAUAAUUUUAAUGGCAAACAAAUUGCCUGCCGAUUUGUAUACUUCUAAACCAUUUCCAGGAUCACUUACUCCGGGAUGGAACGAUCCACCGUGCUUAAAUAAUGUAUCUCAGCCUACUGGGCGUCCCCGACUGAAUCUUAAUAAAAGAGUCGCAUUCCCGGUUAAUGGCACAAACGGUGGUAUUGCUUCAGAAAGUUCCAGCGAAUUAACUCCCUCGGUUCACCCUGAUAAUAAUUUUCCUCUACCUCCUAUUUUAUCAACCGAUCCAACUUCAUGUGUUUAUCCAAACCAAUAAAUUUUUAAUAUGUUAAGUAA